AUGACCUUUAUCACAUUGUUACCCACAAGAAUUUCUGAUCCUAGAUUUCUCAUAUCAGGUCCAAAUGAAUCGGGAAAGCUGUUAUACUGUUUUGAGGGUAUAAAGUUCUAUGUUAGAGAAUAUGAAGAAUUUCAAGCAAGAACAGUGAAAAGUUGGAACCUUUCCAAAGAGAGAUUUCCUAAUGGUACCACAAGAUUUGAUAUAACCGUAUACCAAGAUACGUUCUACAUACAACUACCACCAAUCAUGAUUCAAGAUAUGAAUUUAGAGGAUCAAGCGACUCUCAAAAAUCGAGAUGAUAUCAUGAAAUUUAAAUAUGUUCGAGUCGCAUGUACUUCAACUAUUCAAGGUUGGUGUAACAAAGUUCGAAAUAAAAAGUUUGCAAGAAAAUCCGGUAUAUUUUUGUAUAAACUAAUACGUGAAUUGGUCAAAAUAAUUCAAAACUUGCCAGCGUACAAAAAGAAUCAUAAUGCAAGAAUUUAUUUAUUUUUCAUUGUACCAGACGACAUUUAUGAUACUUUUAGAUAUCAAAGAUAUAUAACACCUAAGAAAAAUAUUGGAAAUGAUUGGGAUACUUUUCAAGAAAUUAGACGUAAAUUCCCAUUCUCAAUAAUGUAG